AGAAAUUAAUUAGCCAAAAGAUGAAGACGCCUCUUUCUUCUACAUCUUCUUUCUCUACUCGUAAUGCCCGUCCACCACCAUACCUCUUCAUAUUAAUAGCUUUCGUUGUCACGGUUGCCGUCCUCUAUGCCCAGGACUUCAUCUUCAGUCAACUCGCACUCAAUCUGGACCAAUCCCUCUCCAGAACCGAUAAGCUCCCAUUCGCCAUCGAGAGGACGGAAGAAGGGUGUGAUGUAUUCAGUGGGAGAUGGGUGAAGGACGAGCUGAACCGGCCGAUGUAUGAAGAAUCGGAGUGCCCCUACAUACAGCCGCAGCUGACGUGUCAAGAACACGGCAGACCGGAUAAGGAGUAUCAGUAUUGGCGAUGGCAGCCCCACGGCUGCUCCCUUCCCAACUUUAAUGCAACACUAAUGUUGGAGACACUAAGAGGUAAAAGGAUGAUGUUCGUGGGAGACUCGCUGAAUCGGGGUCAGUUCGUCUCCAUGGUCUGUCUUCUCCACAGAGUCAUUCCCGAUCAUGCCAAAUCCAUGGAAACAUUUGAUUCUCUCACCGUCUUCACUGCCAAGGAGUAUAAUGCUACAAUUGAAUUCUACUGGGCACCAUUUCUUCUGGAAUCAAAUUCAGACAAUGCCAUUGUUCAUCGAAUAUCUGAAAGAAUUGUAAGGAGAGUUUCCAUUAACAAGCACGGUCAGCAUUGGAGAGGUGUUGACAUUCUGGUCUUCAAUACCUACCUUUGGUGGAUGACAGGCCAAAAGAUGAACAUCUUGAAAGGGUCUUUUGAUGACGAUGAGAAAGACAUAGUACAGCUAACGACCGAGGAUGCCUACCGUUUGGCAAUGAAGAGCAUGGUAAAAUGGGUUCGGCAAAAUAUGGAUCCUAAAGGAUCAAGGGUGUUCUUCACCAGCAUGUCUCCAAUUCAUGUAAAUUUGUUUUAUGUAAAAUAUAGGAGCACUGAAUGGGGAGGUAGAGGAGGAGGAAAUUGUUACAACGAAACAACCAUGAUAGAAGACCCCAGAUACUGGGGAUCAGAUUGUAGCAAGAGUGUGAUGAAGGUGAUUGAAGAAGUCUUCGGUCAAUCAAAGUUCCCCAUUACAUUCCUCAACAUCACCCAGCUGUCUAGUUAUCGGAAGGAUGCACACACCUCCAUUUACAAGAAGCAGUGGAAUCCAUUAACGGAAGAGCAGCUGGCCAACCCUGUUAGCUAUGCUGAUUGCGUGCACUGGUGUUUGCCUGGCCUGCAAGAUACAUGGAAUGAACUUCUCUUUACCAAGCUCUUCUAUCCUUAAGUAGUGUACAUACUCUUCACAAUUACCAAGAUUGGUCCAUUUCCCCUAUUUUUUUUCGAUAAUUGUAAUUCCAAAGGAAUUAUACAACUCAAGUGAUCUUCUUUUGUUGAUAUUUAACUUAACAUCUUUUGACAAAUCAAAUAUUAAUCAAUAAAAUAAAUAAAAACAAAUUUCUUUU